CUGCUUGUGUCAGAAUCUAAUAGAAAGGUUUGAUGAUGAUCGGACGCUAACGUUGCGGAAUUGCUUGCGUUUGUCUCUCGCGUGGAAUCCGCACAUGGUCCGUUGAGUGCACGUAAGAGCACCCAGGGGAUGUUGCUGUUCAAUACCUGCGCAUACCCUGUUCUUUCCGCAACGCACUAUCAACAUGCCAGUCACCCAGUUUGAGCUGCCCGACAAGUACCAGUAUCAGAACGGCCUUGGCUCGUACCAUGAAACCGAAGCGGUAGAAGGCGCGCUUCCAGUGGCUGCGAACAAUCCACAGAAGGCGCCGUAUGGGUUGUACAACGAAAAGCUAUCUGGUACCGCAUUCACUGCUCCCAGGUGUGAGAACCAGCAGUCAUGGUUGUAUCGGGUAUUGCCAGCCUCAGCUCACUCUCCGUUUGAGCCCCGCGAGACGGAUAGCUUCAACACCAACCCAGGUGACCAUGGCAGAGACCGCUGGCAUCAAAUCCCGAACCAGUUACGUUGGGAUCCAUUCGAUUUGGACGAGACGGUCGACUGGGUGCAUGGUCUGAAGCUCGUAGCGGGUGCCGGAGAUCCUACCAUGAAAUGUGGUCUCGGCAUCUUUAUCUAUGCAGCUGGCAAAGACAUGGAUGCUCAUCAGGCAUUCUAUAGCGCGGACGGCGACUUCCUGAUCGUUCCUCAGCACGGAGCGCUCGAUGUGCAGACCGAGCUCGGGAAGCUGCUCGUGCGGCCAAACGAGAUAUGCAUCAUUCCGAGAGGCAUACGAUAUCGGAUUACCCUGCCAGAGGGUCCGGUCAGAGGGUUCAUCCUAGAGCUCUAUCAAGGCCACUUCCACCUUCCUGAAUUAGGUCCCAUUGGCUCCAAUGGACUUGCCAACGCACGCGACUUCCAAGCGCCUAUAGCUGCCUUUGACGAAGACACGGAGAACGAAUACACUCUACUUGCUAAAUUCGGCGGGCACCUCUUUGCAGCAAAGCAGAAGCAUACUCCGUUCGAUGUCGUAGCGUGGCAUGGCAACUACUAUCCGUACAAGUAUGAUCUUGGUCGCUUCAAUACAAUAGGGUCCAUUUCGUACGAUCACCCGGAUCCUUCAAUCUUCACUGUCCUGACUGCGCAAUCGAACCAUCCGGGCACCGCGGUCGCGGAUUUCGUGAUUUUCCCGCCGAGGUGGCUGGUAGCUGAAGACACAUUCCGCCCACCGUGGUAUCACCGCAAUACCAUGAGCGAGUUCAUGGGACUUAUCCAGGGUCAGUAUGACGCGAAGACCGGCGGAGGCUUCCAGCCUGCCGGUGCCUCUCUGCACAAUGUAAUGAGCGCACACGGUCCGGAUGCUUCCACGCACGAAAAAGCGAGCAACGCCGAACUGAAGCCUAUGAAGGUCGGUGAGGGUAGUAUGGCCUUCAUGUUUGAAAGCUGUCUCAUGGUUGGCGUGACCGAAUGGGGGCUCAAGAAGUGUGCCAAAGUGCAGGCAGACUACAACGCAGAGUCUUGGGAGUCACUCAAGCCGCACUUCCGAAGACCGACGCCCGCUAAGUUGGUCAACGGCACUUCAAAUGGCGUACCUGGCUCCAUUGGGGACCAGGGUCAAGUACCACACUGGACGUCAUAGUCUUUCCAUAGUGCAGGUAAUGUAACAGAUGCAUCUUGUAAUGCCAACCACUCAGAAGGGUUGAGGUCCCAGAUGGCCCGCAGGUUGUCAACUUCAUCCAUUGUUCGGGCACGUUGGUCUCCUUGUCCUGCGUCAUAAGCAUUGUUACAUCCCUUAGAAUUAGCAGGAAGCUAAGUCUGUAGCACGACGGACUUCAUUACGGUAGAUACGUCAGCUAGAGUGAAAUACUCAGAUAGUUUGAAACGAUGUCUAGCUGAGAGGACUACUUGAGAAUGUCAUAUGUGAUCGCCUUGUAGUGGGCACGUAACCCCACCUAGUAACGCAGACAUGCGCGUAUGAGAACCAGCAUGGGACUGUUGUCACUGUCAAGAGAUACGGUAUGGACCGACAGAAGGCUGCAAUGAUGGUAUCACAUACAUAG